AUGCUACUCUUUCUUUUAAUUUUACUACGAUUUACAUUUUCUUUCUUUGUCUUUCUUUCUCUUGUCUUUCUUUUCUUCUUUCUUUUCCUUUCUUUCUUUCUUUCCUUUCUUUUCUUUCUUUCUUUCUUUCCUUUUUUUCUUUCUUUUCUUUUUAUUUUUCUUUUUUUUCUUUCUCUUUCUUUUUUUAAUUUUACUACGAUUUACAUUUUUCUUUCUUUUCUCUUUUUUCUUUUUCUUUCUUUUUUUUUCUUUUUCUUUCUUUCUUUUCUUUCUUUUUCUUUUUUUCUUUCUUUCUUUCUUUCUUUCUUUUCUUUCUUUUCUUUCUUUUUUUUUUUCUUUUCAUGCUACUCUUUCUUUUUAAUUUUACUACGAUUUACAUUUUCUUUCUUUGUCUUUCUUUUCUCUUGUCUUUCUUUCUCUUUUUCCUUCUUUCUUUCUUUCUUUCUUUCUUUCUUCCUUUUUUCUUUUAUUUCUUUCUUUUUUUUACUUCAUGCUACUCUUUCUUUUAAUUUUUGCACGAUUUACAUUUUCUUUCUUUUUCUUUCGUUCUCUUAUCUUUUCUUUUCUUUUUUUCUUUCUUUCUUUCUUUUUUUCUUUCUUUCUUUCUUUUUAAUUUUCAUGCUACUCUUUCUUUUAAUUUUACUACGAUUUACAUUUUCUUUUUUUUGUCUUUCUUUCUUUCUUGUCUUUCUUUCUCUUUUCUUUUCUUUCUUUCUUUCUUUCUUCCUUUCUUUCUUUCUUUUCUUUCUUUUUUUUUUACUUUCUUUCUUUCUUUCUUUUAUUUUUCAUGCCUUCUUUUUUCUUUUUUAUUUUACUACGAUUUUCUUUUUCUUUCUUUGUCUUUCUUUCUCUUGUUUUCUUUCUUUUUUUUUCUUUUUCUCUUUCUUUUCUUUCUUUCUUUCUUUCUUUCUUUCUUCCUUUCUUUCUUUCUUUCUUUUAUUUUUCAUGCUACUCUUUCUUUUAAUUUUACUACGAUUUACAUUUUCUUUCUUUGUCUUUCUUUCUCUUGUCUUUCUUUCUCUUUUCCUUUCUUUCUUUCUUUCUUUCUUUCUUCCUUUAUUUCUUUAUUUCUUUCUUUUCUUUUACUUUUCAUGCUACUCUUUCUUUUAA